UUCGCAAGUCAGGAUCUUCAUAGAGACCGUAUUAGCAUUUGUACACAUUAGACGGAGUGAGGACGGAGAGAUCACAAUGGCGCAGAACAGGUUUAUAGUUGAGGUCGAACCGGCGAAGGAAGCCAAGGAUGGAAGACCGUCGGUUGGACCCGUCUACCGUAGCGUGUUCGCAAAAGAUGGAUUUCCAGCACCUAUCGAUGGUUUGGAUAGCUGUUGGGACAUUUUCCGUUUAUCUGUAGAAAAGUAUCCCAACAACAGAAUGCUUGGUCGCCGGGAGAUAGUGGACGGAAAAGCUGGAAAAUAUGCAUGGAUGACUUACAAAGAAGUAUAUGAUGUAGUGAUGAAAGUUGGAAACUCACUUCGUAGCUGUGGUGUUGAAGAAGGAGGAAAGUGUGGUAUAUAUGGUGCCAACUGCCCAGAGUGGAUCAUAAGCAUGGAGGCAUGUAAUGCGCAUGGACUUUAUUGUGUUCCUCUAUAUGACACCUUAGGUGUUGGUGCUGUGGAGUUUAUCAUCACCCAUGCAGAGAUUACAGUAGCUUUUGCUGAAGAGAAAAAAAUCCCUGAGCUGUUGAAAACUUUUCCUAAUGCCACUAAGCAUUUGAAAUCGGUUGUGAGUUUCGGGAAAGUAAGUCCCAAACAGAAGGAAGAGUUUGAAAAGUUUGGUGUGGUGACAUACUCGUGGGAGGAGUUUUUGUUACUGGGCAAUGAUAAACACUUCGAUCUUCCUUUGAAAAAGAAAACAGACAUAUGUACGAUAAUGUAUACUAGUGGAACAACUGGAGAUCCAAAGGGAGUCUUGAUAUCCAAUAAUAGCAUUGUUACACUUAUAGCUGGAGUGAAGCGUCUGCUAGAGGGUGCAGAUGAAUCGUUGACAGAGAAUGAUGUUUAUCUUUCUUUUCUUCCACUGGCCCAUAUCUUUGAUCGGGUGAUUGAAGAGUGUUUCAUCAAUCAUGGUGCUUCAAUAGGAUUUUGGCGUGGGGAUGUCAAGUUACUGGUCGAAGACAUUGCAGAGCUGAAACCCACUAUAUUCUGUGCUGUUCCCCGGGUGUUGGAAAGAAUCUACUCAGGUCUGCAACAAAAAAUUUCAGCAGGAGGUUUCGUGAAAAACACUAUGUUCAAUUUUGCAUACGCCUUUAAAUUUCACAAUAUGAGGAAGGGGAACAAACACCAUGAGGCAUCUCCCACAUUUGACAAAAUUGUUUUCAGGAAGGUUAAAGAAGGACUUGGUGGCCGGGUACGUAUUAUAUUAUCCGGAGCGGCACCUCUUGCAUCUCAUGUUGAAACUUUUCUGAGAGUUGUGGCAUGUGCUCAUGUUCUUCAAGGAUAUGGUUUAACCGAAACUUGUGCCGGCACAUUUGUCUCACUACCGAACCAGCUUGAUAUGCUGGGUACAGUUGGUCCUCCAGUGCCUAAUGUGGACGUGUGUCUAGAAUCUGUUCCAGAAAUGGGGUAUGAUGCGCUGUCAAGCAUACCAAGUGGUGAAGUAUGUGUGAGGGGAGAUACUCUAUUCUCAGGUUAUUACAAACGUGAAGACCUUACACAAGAAGUCAUGAUUGAUGGGUGGUUCCACACAGGGGAUAUUGGUGAGUGGCAACCAAACGGAAGCUUGAAAGUUAUUGACCGCAAAAAGAAUAUUUUCAAGCUCUCGCAAGGAGAAUAUGUUGCUGUAGAGAAUUUGGAGAAUAUUUAUGGUGAAAUUUCAGUUAUUGACAUGAUAUGGAUAUAUGGGAAUAGCUUUGAGCAUUUCCUCAUAGCUGUUGUCAAUCCAAAUAAGACAGUGAUUGAAAAAUGGGCUGAACAUAAUGGCUUAGCUGGAAACUUUGAAUCCAUAUGUGAAAGUCCAAAAGCAAAGGAAUACAUAUUUGGGGAGCUGACUAGGGUUGCAAAAGAAAAGAAGUUGAAAGGAUUUGAGUUUAUAAAAUCUGUCCACCUUGAUCCAGUGCCAUUUGACAUGGAACGUGACCUUCUUACACCUACAUUUAAGAAGAAAAGGCCACAGAUGCUGAAAUACUAUCAGAAUAUCAUUGACAACAUGUACAAGAGUGCAAAAUGAGGCCAUGGCAAUCAAUUAUCUCCAUUUAUUUUUUUAUUUAUUUAUUUAUUUAUUUAUUUAUUUAUUUAUUUAUUUAUUUAUGCCAUAGUUGAACUAUAUAGAAUGUCAUUAUUAGACAAUCCGACAUUCUUAUCAUGAUGGAGAAAAUACUUUAGAGAAUAGAGAGUUUUCCAUUCGUCAAUCUGCAGGCUUAUUUUUUCAUUUAAUUGUAAUAGACAGAAUAAAUUAUGGUUUUGCAUUGCUUGCAUAAUGCACGAGUUUUAGGUUUAUGCUCAUCCCUUUUUCCCAUUCCAUCUAG